AUGGCCUCCACUGUUGAAAUUGCAUCCUCGUUCAUUGAGGGUGCCCCGCCGGGUGAACUCGCCGAUGUGGUUGCUGAUGUCCAGACCCUGACCGAGGGCGAAGAUAUUAUUCCCCAGCUCGCACCGGCAUUUGAACGAUACAAUGAGAGCCAGUUGACCACUGUCAAACUACCGGGUUCAAGUCAGGAGGUGAUUGUCAGUGAAUUUAAUAAGCUCGAGGACAACCGCUACUUCGACUCGGAGAGCCAAACCUCGUUUGAGAUCGAUCACAUUACACAGACUGCCUCCGCAGCGCAAUCAGCUCCUUUGGAGUCUCAGAAUGCCGACCUGAUUAACUCCUUGCUCAAGUCUUUGAGCAUUCAUGCCCGCGAGCAUUACGCCAACUGCUCAUACGGUGUCUAUCCCAUUGAGAACGAUUCCGCUGUUGCGAUUCUCCUGGUCGCCAACAAAUACUCGCCCAACAACUUCUGGUAUGUCUUGGAAACUAUCGCAGAUUCAUUUGGAAAGACACUCAUCAUUCUGUAUGUGAAUAGGAACGGUCGAUUCCGCGCCAUUUACCAAGUCCCCGUCUCCUCCUCUUCUACUACUGUGACCGGCAAGAUCCACGUCCACGUGCACUACUAUGAGGAUGGAAAUGUGGCUCUCAACACCACCAAGCCGGUCAGCGCCUCGGUAUCAUCGGUUUCUGCCGAGGCCAUUAUGUCGCGCAUCGCUGCGGCUGAGCGCGACUACCAGGAGGAGUUGAACCGGGCGUUUGUCAGCGUGGCUGAGGGCGCUUUUAAGGGACUUCGGAGACAACUGCCUAUUACCCGACAGAAGGUUGAGUGGGAGAAGGUGGGUGGAUACCGACUUGGACAGGAUAUCUCUGGCGGCAAGGGACGGUAG